CAGGCAUAGCAGAGGUCACAAGAGGAAGAAGAGGAAGGCGGAGGAGGAAACGCUGACUGCCUCGACAAGUUUCCUAUUAUCGUGUUCUAUUGAAACCCUGCUCAUACUUCUGUCUAUUCUAGGUUAGCAUGAAAUACCUGGAGGUGGUGAUGACAGCUGGUAGUGCAGUGGUGGUGGUGGUGGAACAAGUUUGGCAAUAGCUGCUUGGUGUUGCAUGGUGUUGCAGUGGCUUAACCUAGCAGCUGGGACGGACGGACGGGCAGACAGACCGACAGACUGAUAAACACAAUGGGUGACUGCAGUGACCUAGACAGGCAAAUUGAGCAGCUGCGGCGGUGUGAGGUGAUCAAGGAGGCAGAGGUGAAGGCGCUGUGUGCCAAGGCGAGGGAGAUUCUGGUGGAGGAGAGCAAUGUGCAGCGCGUUGACUCCCCUGUCACGGUAUGUGGGGACAUUCAUGGCCAGUUCUAUGACCUGAAGGAGCUGUUCAAGGUGGGUGGGGAUGUGCCAGACACCAAUUACCUCUUCAUGGGAGACUUUGUGGACCGAGGCUUCUACAGUGUGGAGACCUUCCUACUCUUGCUGGCAUUGAAAGUGAGGUAUCCAGACAGGAUAACACUGAUCCGAGGCAAUCACGAGUCCCGGCAAAUCACCCAAGUGUACGGCUUCUAUGAUGAAUGCCUGAGGAAGUACGGGUCCAUCACAGUGUGGAGAUACUGCACUGAGAUCUUCGACUACCUCUCCCUCUCAGCCAUUAUUGAUGGAAAAAUAUUUUGUGUGCACGGUGGCCUGUCUCCAAGCAUCCAGACGCUAGACCAGAUCCGCACUAUAGACCGGAAGCAAGAAGUGCCACAUGAUGGCCCUAUGUGUGACCUGCUGUGGUCUGACCCAGAAGACACUCAGGGAUGGGGGGUGAGUCCCAGAGGUGCUGGCUACCUCUUUGGCUCCGAUGUAGUGGCUCAGUUCAACGACACCAACGGCAUUGACAUGAUCUGCCGGGCCCACCAGCUGGUCAUGGAGGGCUACAAGUGGCACUUUAACAACACCGUUCUCACAGUGUGGUCUGCACCCAACUACUGCUAUAGAUGUGGCAAUGUGGCAGCCAUCUUGGAGCUUGAUGAGAACCUCAAGCGGGACUUCACCAUCUUUGAGGCAGCGCCGCAGGAAAGCCGAGGGAUCCCCGCCAAGAAGCCACAAGCAGACUAUUUCCUUUAGGCAUGACGGAGUAGACAACUCAUUUAUCAACCUACCAUUUUGUACAUUUCAGCCACUGCACGCAUGUACCGUAUAUAAGAUUCAUGCGUGUAUGCGCGUGCGUGCAUGCAUGCGUGUGUGUGUGUGUGUAUACAUGUAGUCUCGGCUCAAUGUAAUGAAUGCCGUGGAAGCUCAAGGUACAAUUCAGACUUUCAUAACCAUCAUCGUUUGUUUGAUCGCUGUUGUUGCUCUGGAGUGCAGACAAGGGCAGAUUCUUUUAAUUAUCCCCUUUUUUUUUCCUCUCUCUCUCUCUCUCUCUCUCUCUCUCUCUCUCUCUCUCUCUCUCUCUCUCUCUCUCUCUCUCUCUCUCUCUCUCUCUCUCUCUCUCUCUCUCUCUCUCUCUCUCUCUCUCUCUCUCUCUCUCUCUGUUUCUGUCUUUACAUACUUAAUGUAGAUUAAAACCUGCAUUUUACAUACUGAAUAAAAUUAUGUAAUUUUUUUUAGCCUUUUAAACCAUUUGCUGUAUAUUCAUGAGGACAAGAAAUACACAUACACAUCCAAGUGUACAUUUUACUUGAUAUAUAUAUAUAGUAUAUAUAUUUGUGCAGAGAAAUCAUGCCCUGCUAAUGACCACAUUGAAACAAAAGAUACACACAAGUACACACAAACAUGCUUGAACCACAGAAAACAUUGCAUGAGAAAAACUGAAAAGAAAUGUUGCUUUUGUCUUUGCUUACAUACAUUCUUGAGAGGGUGAUGCUGACAUGGUGAUGAAUGCAUGCCUUCUUGCCUACCCCUGACCUCUCUGGCAUGAUGGGUGAGGACUGUAUAUCAUUUGCUGAGCUGGCUGAGGAUGUCAAAGUUUAGAAGCUGGGAGGCUCUGUGUGUGUGUGUGUGUGUGUGGUUCAGUAAAGGCAGUGAAGGAGUGUGAAAGGCUCAGCAAACAGCACUGGAAGGCUUGUUGAGGCCCUGAGCACUUGGGAGUUGAUGUAGGACAUGGUGAGGAACAGUGAAGGGAUGUUUAUGAGGAUUACUCAAAACAGUGAUGAAGUGGAUGUGAAGCCUAGCAAAUAGCAUUGAGAGUCAUUGCUAUUAUAACCAUGGCAUUAAUUCCUGUUAUCUGGGCAUAAUCAUCUCAAUAUAUUUCCUAGAUGUUCUUUUUUGAGGCAGUCAGUUGCUGCCCUUUUAGAACCCUGUUAUGGUUAUGUGGCAUCCGCAUGUGGAUUGAUUAUCCAAUUGGAUCAGUACAAGGAACAAUAGCUACCUGGCUUCACUUCCUCCUGCCCAUCCUUGCUGUGCAUAAGUUAGGUAGGAAGUUGUGUGAAGACUUGCUACGCAUCAUGCAAUAGUGUCAGUGAGUGUAGCAAGUCCUGUCUUUAUGCUCUCAUCAUGAGUGGAGGCCACUGUAAUAUGUACUUGUAUAGUUUUACAUCUGAGUGUAAAUUUGAUGUAUAGAUUUUGUUUAGUGCUGAUGCUAUUCAGUGGUGAUGACAACUGGUGGCAUGUUCGCAAUAUAGGAGGGACUGAAAUCCAAAAUUGCCCCCCUCCCAAAAAAAAAGUGUCAUUUGCUCAUGCACUCUCAAGUACUUUUAUGUUUUCUCAAGUAUAAGAUAACCAGUGAAUGAAGCAAAUCACAGCCACACAAAAAUGAAAAUAUGUGUUAAUAUUUACACAAAGGUUAGGAGUAUUAUGUCCAGCUAUGGAAUGAUCUCAAAAUUAUUCCUGAAAACAUCUUGAUUUCUAUACAAUGGAGCUGUUUUCAAAAAGAAAUAGUGACUUAAGGGUGAAUUUGUAAAAUUUUUUUUGUGUGAGAAAUCAAAGAAAACAUAAUUUAAGCAAAAGUAAAGUGGCAGGAUCAUUAUAUCCAUCAUGUAGGGUAAUAAACAUUUAUUUUUCCUGAA